AUGAAGGUCUCUGCAGCCGCCCUGGCCGCUCUGCUCCUCCUGGCCCUCGGCUCCCCAGCCGAGGCCUCGACAGCUAAGGCUCGUCUUGAUGGCGUCCCCACCACCUGCUGCUUCACCUACCAGCACCGCCCUGUCCCGCGUGGCCUCAUCGCCUCCGCCUACACCACCAGCAGCAGCUGCAGCCAGCCAGGGGUGAUCCUGGUCACCAAGAGGGGGAGGGAGAUAUGUGCAAACCCCCAGGCCCGCUGGGUGAAGGCACACCUGGAGCACUUCCAGAAGAAAAACUGA